CCACCGCUCAGCCUCCCGCGGCCACGCGAAUUCUCUUGGCGAUGCUGCUGAGACGUCGCGGCGCAGAGACUGUCACGGCGACGGCCCGGUCAUACUAGCGCCCCCAUCCUCCGGCACGCCGCCCCGCCCCCUCCACUCCCCCCUCCUGCUGCUGCUACCGCUGCUGUUCCUUCUGCUGCUACCGCUGCUAACAUGGCUGCUGCUGCUGCCCGAGUGCUGCUGUGCGCGGGGCUCGCCCUGGCGUUGUGCGCGCUGGGACUGCUCGCCGUGGCUGCGUGCUCCGACCACUGGUAUGAGACGGACACGCGGCAGCACAAAGAGCGCUGCCGCAUCUCGCUCAGUCGCCGUAAUGACCCGGGGUACAUUUACAACUACAACAGCAACCUUCCGCUAAGACAAAGGCCGCGCGGGCAGCGGGGCGGUAGAUUCGCCCGGCAUCGGCGAGAUUUCUGGGGCUCCGCCACGCCCGACGCGGCCUGCUUUCGGCACUACAACUCUACGCACACGGGUCUCUGGACCAGGUGCUUUCGCCUGGGCUUCGACGACGAGAUCGACGACCUCAUCGCCAAAGGCGCCGUGCUGCGCUGCGUUGCCGUGCGCUACCACUUCUCGUCCGCCGCGCUGCCGCGCAACCUCGCGCACAACGUGACGCUCGCCCUGCGCCAGGACGAGUGGCACUCUCUGCACCUGCGGCGCAUGACCGUGGGGUUUCUGGGGAUGGCGGUGGCCGUUGUGGCCUUCGGCUGGGUCGUGGGGGCCCUGGGCGGGUGCCGAGAUCGCGGACUCAUGCAGUACGUGGCGGGGCUGCUCUUCCUCAUGGGCGGAACUUUCUGCAUCAUCUCGCUCUGCACCUUCGUGGCCGAGAUCAACUUCGAGCUGUCUCGCUUCCCCAAGAGUGUCUUCAGCCUCCCCGGCGACAUCGCCCACGGCUACGGCUGGUCCAUGUUCUGCGCGUGGGGGGGUCUGGGACUGGCGCUCCUCGCCGGCUUUCUCUGCACCCUCGCACCCUCCUUAGCCGGGCCACGGACUGCUACACCCAAGCCCCUCUCCGAGAACGGGAUGGUGUGAUCCUCGCCCGCUCUGUCCUCGGCGGGGGAGGAAACCCACGGGGCCGCGUACGUGGUCAUAUGCCCCCCCCCUCCCCAAAACCUUCCUUACCAUUGCGGGGGGCAGAGAGAUGCACGGGGGGGGGAGCCCCUCCCCUCACCCACCCACCUACCCCCUUCCAUCAACCACUCCCCCUACCCCCCUCGUUCCUCUCCACCCCCUCGCAGCAUCUGGCCACCUGUGCACACCGCGAUUGGAUGAGGGGCCAGUCGUGAGCUUCUUGGGUGUGAAUCUGCCAGGUGUGAUGAGUCUGCCGGGUGAGUUUCAGAAGGUGUUAAUCUGCCAGGUGUUAACCCGCCAGGUGUUAACCCGCCAGGUGUUAACCCGCCAGGUGUUAAUCCGUCGGGUGCCGGGCAGGGGCGGCGCCCCCUCACCACGUGACACCCAUUGGCGCCACGACGCGUCCGGGUUGGUGUCGUCAGUGUUAGAAUCGCGUUUACUGAACACUAUAGAUGAGAAAUGCAAAUUGUGAUGGGGAUAUUUGUCUGUGUGUGUUGGGGGUUUUUACGAUCAUCGCUGUUAUGAUUCUUUUUUGUACAUACGAAUUCGUGUCGGGGUCACCGAGACGCGGGGUGACACUCGUGCUGUGUCCCCGGCGCAGCCUCGUAUGGGAUUUGGGGAUCCCAGCUCAAGUGUUCCGAGUCUGCGGCUCAGUGCGUCUGGGAUUUGGGAUGUGGAGUUGAGGGUCCGAUGAGCAGGGGCCUGGGAUUUGGAAAGCGUCGCUCUGAGUUUAGAAUCCCUGCUGCUUGUAGAGUACACGGAUCGCGAAUCUUCGCCUUGAAGCAGCCGUCACCUCGUACCAGUGGCCGUGCCCCUAUGGCAUGGAGUGCCACAUUUGCAAAAAUGAAAUCGCCACAUUCGAAAUUAGAAUGUCCUGAAGAAGGGCCAUUUCCCGAAACGUUAACGUAUUAGAUAUGUCUAUGCUGUAAGGGACAGUUAUGGCCAACGUGAUGAGAUAUUUCUGCUUGUGGGUCCACUGCAAAUACAAUGUCUCAUUGUUUCAAUGUUUAAUCGAAGCUUCAUUUCUGAGUAUAAAGAAAUGGGCCCCGUGCAAAGCCGGGGUUCCCUCUGGCCUCGUCGUUGGUUCAGCUGCCAGCCCUUUGACCCCAGUGCUCGUCUCUGUGUCUCCCUUAGCUCCCUAACCAGGGCAGAUAACCGCCUCCCUCUCUCCGAGGAGCCUCUGGCAGCGUAAUGUCGUCACCAACACUGCCAAGCGAACACACCGUGGUUAGGAGCUCUGGCUGAGCACCGAUUGUGGCAGCAGUGACGUCGCGUGGUUAGAUAGGAAUAUGGAUCGAGUCUGGUGGUUGACAUGGGCCCUUGUGCAAGAUGUUAAAUAGGGUUCCCUUCCUAAUUACCCUCUCUUCCUAGCACAGCGCCUGAGCUCCUCUGGUCUGUGGACCCCUGCGCAGCUGAAUUCCCUGCACAGUCGAUAGCUACGCUACUGAAGCAGUCGUUGUUAGGAGUAAGGUCGGGCUGAGUGGGAGGGCUAAUGCCAGUUGGUUGGUUAGAGGUCAGAAUUCGGGCUCGUAUUCGUGGCUGGUUGGCUAGCUGUGGUCAAGGGUAGGUCUCGCACGAGCCGCUAGGUAGAGAUUGUGGUUGGGGCUAGCUCUAGACUGGUUCUGUCUGCCCGAGCCCGCGUGUCCACAGCCAUCACUGCUGCACCCUCCACCAGCCGGCGUGGCUUGGAGCCCCUCUUCGGACCCGCACCCCCGGCACCGAUCACGGCGGUUCUGCUCCGGCUCGACGGGGAGAUUUUAUGAUUGAAGUUGAUGCUUUUCCACUGCACAGACCACGGUAUCCGCUGCGCUGCGAAGCCUCCCGUCGUCACAAUGCCACGCCAGAAGGCACGGGUUCGAAAAGUUGAAUCCUGUACAGUAUUUCCUUUCAAGGACAAUAUUUAAUAGUUUUGUUAAUUUAUUUAUUGUGUUGACCAAUGUACAGUGCUCGGUUUGCUCGCUAAGAUAGGGUUCAUAUAGCCUGUGUGGUGUGAAUGUGGAGAGCCGGGGUUGGUGGAUCGUGUGAGGAAGGGCGCAUUCAGAAUGGAUUUCCACUGGCAUGAUAUUAAUCACUAGAUUUACGACAUCAGUAUUGUGGAUGCACUGUCAAGUUGCGUGCCGGGGCUGCUGAUUUCGCUUGUGUGUGCGGUACGUGUGUGUGUGUCUUGUGCGUGUCGACUGUGCGUCUAUGAGUGUAAGUAGGCAUCGGUGGUGCAGUGGUGAACACACUGAACUACGAAACCGACGACCCGAGUUCGAUUCACACAAAGCCAACAUCAGUUGCAGAUAUCUGAACCGGUCCUGGUUCUCCAUUAGGUCGACUCAGCCUUAAAUGAGUACCUGGUGCGGUAUGUAAAUACCAGUACUGGGGAGACAAAGGCGACCGGGCGUGGUGUUGGGUGCCCACCACCAUGUUUGCCAUGCCGGCCUUAAUAGGUGUCCGUUAACGGAACUUGCCCCAGCAGUCUGUUCGGGAUAUAGGGGGAAUCUUAGGUCUUUAUCGUGUGUGCAACGUGUGUGUCUUUGUGUAUGGAGCGUGUGCCUUUUUUAGUGAGCGUCCUGUGUAUGUGUAUGGCGUGUGUGUGGAAUAUGUGUGUGCGUGCCUGUGUAUGAGUAGAAUGUCGAUGUUGUCUAUAGAGCGUGUCUGUGUAUGUAUGCGGACUAUCCGGUGUGCGGAGUGUGUGCUGUGUGUGUCUCUGGAGCAAGUACUGCCUAUGUGUGUGGCGCAUGUGCCCGUGUACUUAUGCACUACUAGCUAGCUACUAACGCUGUGUCGCUCUCUGUGACCACGACUGGAGUAGGAGGCGCGGUGGCGAGGCGUCUGUCUGCGUCCCUGCACGCUCUGCCUGCUUCGCGUCGCUUGCCAAAUGAGUCACGUGAAGGGAGGACAUCUGGACCCAUUCAUACGCCCUGUCCCCGACACAAACCCAUACGCGCGGUCUGCUUGGUGCUGCCACGAGACACACUUUGGGUCACAAACCCGUGUUUUCAUCCCCGUCACGAGGGUUCGCUUCAAAUCCUCCGCAUCUCAAAAGCGCCUCGCAUCACCCAUCAAACAGUUAAUUGCCCUGCGCCAUUCUAACAGGGGAUCUGCAGUGGCAGCCACCCCUACGCCGCGGCUGAUGUACGCAGCACCGACCUGCGAAUGGGUAGGCUGUCAGUCGGUUCGGCGAUGUUUCUUUGUGGUUUUCACAAGUACUUUGCGAUAUUUUUAGUUUGUCAAUUUGGCAAAUCUGUACUGUGACGCCGGCACACGUGACCAUACAUUGUGUCGCGAGUAUCAUUCCCGUCGCGGUGUCACGAUUACUGUGCUCACGUCGUCUAUAAUACCACAAUUAUCAUGGAAGCGUCAUCAUCAUGAGAGUUUGAUGAAUAAUAUCAGCAUGGUUUCAUCAUCAGGACAGAGUUGGGGGGGGGGGGGUCAGCAAGAGGGAACAUUUAUCCCGCCGACAUGCAAAAGAGGGCCCCACAGCCGCCUGUGUUUAUGUCGAUAAUAAGCAGGCUCCACGUAACAUUCAGAGUGGCCCGAUCAUUAUUGCAAUCAUCAUCGCGACGUUAUGAUCACCAUGAUCGUGACAUCAUCACCGUCGUGGUUUAGAUCACCGCGCCUCGUCACCAGCCCCUGGCCGAGCCCUCCUCGUGUCCGCGUCUCGCCAUCUCGUUUGUACAUUGCAAUAAAUGCGAUAUUGACUUGUA